AUGAGAGAAGACAUCAGAAAUAUUGUCAGAAGCAGAUAUUCCCCUGUUUCCAUUGAGGUCGAGUCUUCUGAAGGUCGCCCCAAAGCUGUUGAGGUUACUGGCCCCAACGAAAACCUUGUUCGUGGCUCCUCUAGAUCCGAGCCCAGUGACCUUGGUGGUGGUGGAGGUUAUGGCGGUGGUUAUGGUGGAAGGGGAAGGAGAGGUGGUUAUGGUGGAGGUGGCGAUGGAUGUUAUAAGUGUGGUGAGGUGGGCCAUUUAGCACGGGAUUGUAGACAAGGUGGCGAUGGCGGUGGUGGUGGAGGCAAAUAUGGUGGCAGUGGCGAUAGCGGUGCUUGUUACAAAUGUGGAGGCUCUAUGCAUUUCGUUAGGGAGUGUCUUGAUAGUGGUCGCUAA